CCUGUUGUUUUCCGGCUCUCUAUCCACACACAUACCAGUACACAAUGUUUUCUCAAUUUGGUUCUGCUUUGAAGCACAGUGCUAGAUCUUUUUCUACCUCUGCAAAGAGUGAAGUAACUUCUAACACCAAGAAAGCUGUCAAUGCUGCUGUCGCAGCAACCGGUUUAACGGCUGCGUAUGUUCUAUACCAAGAUUCCCAAACUGCACAGGCAAUGACUGCAGCUGAACACGGUCUUCAUCCCCCAGAGUUCGCAUGGUCUCACAACGGCAUGUUUGACUCCUUCGACCACGCCUCCAUCAGAAGAGGUUUCCAAGUCUACAGAGAAGUCUGUGCUGCCUGCCACUCGUUGGACAGAAUCGCUUGGAGAUCCUUGGUCGGUGUCUCCCACACCAACUCGGAAGUGAAGGCCAUGGCCGAAGAAUUCGAAUACGACGACGAACCAGAUGACGAAGGUAACCCAAAGAAGAGACCAGGUAAGUUGGCCGACCACAUUCCAGGUCCUUACGCAAACGAGCAAGCCGCAAGAGCCGCAAACCAAGGUGCCCUUCCUCCAGACCUCUCCUUAAUCGUCAAGGCUAGACACGGUGCUUGUGACUACAUCUUUGCAUUAUUAACCGGUUACCCAGAUGACCCUCCAGCAGGUGUCACCUUGCCAGUUGGCGCCAACUACAACCCUUACUUCCCAGGUGGAUCGAUUGCUAUGGGUAGAGUCUUGUUCGACGACUUGGUCGAGUUUGAAGACGGCACCCCAGCUACUACCUCUCAAAUGGCAAAGGACGUUACCACUUUCUUGAACUGGGCUGCCGAACCAGAACACGAUGAAAGAAAGAGAUUGGGUGCCAAGGCCUUGAUUGUCGCAACCGCAUUAUACUUCGUCUCUGUCUACGUCAAGAAAUUCAAGUGGACCACAAUCAAGCACAGAAAGAUUGUCUACCACCCACCAAAGAAAUAAAUGCAAUGAUUUUAAUGAUUCAUCAAAAUGUUAAUAACCAACUUACUAAAAAUUUACCUACUUGCUAUAUCUAGGGCUUUGGAAGCUUAGUUAGAACAAAAAAUACCUCGAGUUCCCCAAGCCCUAUUUCUCACAUAUUUAUUAUAUAAAUUAACCAAAAAAAUGUUUGUUUACUGUUAAAGAGGAUUUCGCUUUCAAUUUGUUUGGUCCAUUCUAAUCAUUUAUUCAUUUACAAGUCAAGAUCUAUUUUCUUACCCACUUUUUAUUUCUCCCCUUCUCUUCCUUUUCUCUCUUUGAAGAAAAGAAAAUGCACUUCUUUAGGAGUCUCUUCAACCCCCCCCCCCCC